AUGGUCUUUAUCCGGAUGGUGUUUGAUGAAGAACUUCUGACACUACUGCCCCUGAAGACAACUACGAGGGGAGUUGACAUUUAUAACGCAGUCAAGGGGUUUUUGGUGGAAAAAAAGGUGCCGCUGGAAAAGCUGGCAUCAGUGACCACGGAUGGGGCUCCUGCUAUGAUCGGCCGACACACAGGAUUGGUUGCUCACUGUAAAGCUGACCCAGAGUUCCCAAACUUUCUGCAGUACCACUGCAUCAUACACCAGCAGGCCUUAUGUGCAAAAGUGAUCGGCUUUGAGCACGUAAUGAGUCCUGUCGUAAAGAUCAUUAACAGCAUUCGCUCCAGAGCUAAACAGCACAGAACAUUGAAGAGAAAAAAAGUGCUGCACUUUCCCUCUGUGCAGAUGGUGCUGAAAGACAAUGCUUCUGCAUCUGAGGCUUUUGACACAGUUGCAGAAAAGUACUCUCAGGUCAUAAACAGAGUUGGACAAGAGUUUGAGAACAGUCUGAGGUAUCUACCCUACAGUCUGAGGUAUCUACCCUACAGUCUGAGGUAUCUAUCCUACAGUCUGAGGUAUCUAUCCUACAGUCUGAGGUAUCUAUCCUACAGUCUGAGGUAUCUAUCCUACAGUCUGAGGUAUCUAUCCUACAGUCUGAGGUAUCUAUCCUACAGUCUGAGGUAUCUAUCCUACAGUCUGAGGUAUCUAUCCUACAGUCUGAGGCAUCUAUCCUACAGUCUGAGGUAUCUAUCCUACAGUCUGAGGUAUCUAUCCUACAGUCUGAGGUAUCUAUCCUACAGUCUGAGGUAUCUAUCCUACAGUCUGAGGUAUCUAUCCUACAGUCUGAGGCAUCUAUCCUACAGUCUGAGGCAUCUAUCCUACAAUCUGAGGCAUCUAUCCUACAGUCUGAGGUAUCUAUCCUACAGUCUGAGGUAUCUAUCCUACAGUCUGAGGUAUCUAUCCUACAGUCUGAGGCAUCUAUCCUACAGUCUGAGGUAUCUGUCCUACAGUCUGAGUCUGAGGUAUCUAUCCUACAGUCUGAGGUAUCUAUCCUACAGUCUGAGGUAUCUAUCCUACAGUCUGAGGUAUCUAUCCUACAGUCUGAGGUAUCUAUCCUACAGUCUGAGGUAUCUAUCCUACAGUCUGAGGUAUCUAUCCUACAGUCUGAGGUAUCUAUCCUACAGUCUGAGGCAUCUAUCCUACAGUCUGAGGCAUCUAUCCUACAGUCUGAGGCAUCUAUCCUACAGUCUGAGGCAUCUAUCCUACAGUCUGAGUCUGAGGUAUCUAUCCUACAGUCUGAGGUAUCUAUCCUACAGUCUGAGGUAUCUAUCCUACAGUCUGAGGUAUCUAUCCUACAGUCUGAGGUAUCUAUCCUACAGUCUGAGGUAUCUAUCCUACAGUCUGAGGUAUCUAUCCUACAGUCUGAGGCAUCUAUCCUACAGUCUGAGGCAUCUAUCCUACAGUCUGAGGCAUCUAUCCUACAGUCUGAGGCAUCUAUCCUACAGUCUGAGUCUGAGGUAUCUAUCCUACAGUCUGAGGUAUCUAUCCUACAGUCUGAGGUAUCUAUCCUACAGUCUGAGGUAUCUAUCCUACAGUCUGAGGUAUCUAUCCUACAGUCUGAGGUAUCUAUCCUACAGUCUGAGGUAUCUAUCCUACAGUCUGAGGCAUCUAUCCUACAGUCUGAGGCAUCUAUCCUACAGUCUGAGGCAUCUAUCCUACAGUCUGAGGCAUCUAUCCUACAGUCUGAGUCUGAGGCAUCUAUCCUACAGUCUGAGGUAUCUAUCCUACAGUCUGAGGUAUCUAUCCUACAGUCUGAGGUAUCUAUCCUACAGUCUGAGGUAUCUAUCCUACAGUCUGAGGUAUCUAUCCUACAGUCUGAGGUAUCUAUCCUACAGUCUGAGGCAUCUAUCCUACAGUCUGAGUCUGAGGCAUCUAUCCUACAGUCUGAGGCAUCUAUCCUACAGUCUGAGGCAUCUAUCCUACAGUCUGAGGUAUCUAUCCUACAGUCUGAGGUAUCUAUCCUACAGUCUGAGGUAUCUAUCCUACAGUCUGAGGUAUCUAUCCUACAGUCUGAGGUAUCUAUCCUACAGUCUGAGGCAUCUAUCCUACAGUCUGAGGUAUCUAUCCUACAGUCUGAGGCAUCUAUCCUACAGUCUGAGGUAUCUAUCCUACAGUCUGAGGUAUCUAUCCUACAGUCUGAGGAGGUAUCUAUCCUACAGUCUGAGGUAUCUAUCUAUCCUACAGUCUGAGGUAUCUAUCUAUCUGACAUCCUACAGUCUGAGGUAUCUACCCUACAGUCUGAGGUAUCUAUCCUAUCAGUAUCUGAGUCUGAAGUAUCUCUCCUACAGUCUGAAGUAUCUAUCCUACAGUCCUGAGCCGCAGCUGCUGCAGGGAUCUCCCGCAUCCUCGCCAUUGUUCAGGAACAAAAGUCACUGA